AAUUAAAUAAAAAAAAAGGCAUAUAAAGGAAGCAUUCUAGAUCUUUCCACUUCUCCAAAAUCACCAUAAGAACGCCAUGCCCAUUCUACGGCCACGAUCUUACCACAACUCAAAUCUCAACCGUUGAUAUCUCCUCAGAUGCACAUAAAUAAAUCCUCUCUCUCACCUCCUUUCUCCACUUUCGAAUAGCCUUCUCUCUGUAGGUUUCCUUGCCGCAUCUCGUUAAUCUGCCGACGCGUGCCGAUCGUACUCGGAGCGGAUCAGUUUGAUUCGAAUCAAGCGGAUUCUCAUUCGAAGUGAUCGGAGAUGUUUGGGAGGGCACCGAAGAAAAGCGACAACACCAAGUACUAUGAGAUCCUCGGGGUCCCUAAGACGGCGUCGCCGGACGAUUUGAAGAAGGCCUACAAGAAAGCAGCCAUCAAGAAUCAUCCGGACAAGGGAGGCGACCCCGAGAAGUUCAAGGAACUUGCUCAUGCUUAUGAGGUCUUGAGUGAUCCCGAAAAGCGAGAAAUUUAUGACCAGUAUGGUGAGGAUGCACUGAAGGAGGGAAUAGGCGGGGGUGGUGGCAUGCAUGACCCCUUCGACAUAUUCUCAUCUUUCUUUGGCGGCAGCCCAUUUGGUGGUGGUGGUAGCAGUAGGGGAAGAAGGCAAAGGAGGGGAGAGGAUGUUGUACACCCGUUAAAGGUGUCUCUUGAGGAUUUAUACCUUGGGACAACUAAGAAGCUAUCACUUUCUCGUAAUGUGCUUUGCGUGAAGUGUAAGGGCAAAGGGUCGAAAUCUGGAGCAUCUAUGAAGUGCUCAGGUUGCCAGGGGACAGGCAUGAAGGUCUCAAUCAGGCAGCUUGGGCCCGGCAUGAUUCAGCAGAUGCAGCAUGCUUGUAACGAGUGUAAAGGAACUGGUGAGACCAUAAAUGAUAAGGACAGAUGCCCUCAAUGCAAGGGUGAAAAGGUCGUUCAGGAGAAGAAAGUAUUGGAAGUCCAUGUUGAGAAAGGCAUGCAGAACGGGCAAAAGAUAACAUUCCCUGGGGAAGCUGAUGAGGCGCCUGAUACAGUCACUGGGGACAUCGUGUUUGUUCUUCAGCAAAAGGAGCAUCCUAGAUUUAAGAGAAAGGGUGAUGACCUCUUUAUCGAGCAUUCCCUGACCUUAACUGAGGCCUUGUGUGGCUUCCAUUUUGUUCUGUCCCAAUUGGAUAGCAGGCAGCUUCUCAUCAAAUCUCAGCCAGGAGAAGUCGUGAAGCCAGAUUCAUUCAAAGCUAUUAACGACGAAGGCAUGCCCAUGUACCAGAGGCCAUUCAUGAAGGGCAAGCUCUACAUACACUUCAAUGUCGAAUUCCCCGACUCUCUUAGCCCCGAGCAAGUGGAAGCUUUGGCCAAGAUUCUGCCAGCAAGGCCCCAGUCGAAGGUGACGGAGAUGGAGCUGGAUGAGUGUGAGGAGACGACACUGCACGAUGUUAACAACAUUGAGGAGGAGAUGAGGCGGAAGCAGGCCCAGCGGCAGGAGGCCUAUGACGAGGAUGAUGAUGAAAUGGGAGGUGGUGGGGCCCAGCGGGUCCAGUGUGCCCAGCAGUGAGGAUUAGAUUAACCCAUGUUGGUUGGUUUUCUAAGAAUUUGGGCAUGGUUUUGUCUGUUAUCCAACAUUUUAUUGUGUGUGUGUGUGUUUUUUUUU